CUUAUAUAGCAAACCUCAGCAAAAGCAGCCUUUUUGAGGUUCAUUUAUUGGAUACGCAGAGCCCCGCAGAGUAACAGGAACUGAUGUCGUUCUUUGUUCGAGCAGUGUACGAUUUCACGAGCCAAGAGACCAGCGGGCUGUCGUUUAGUCGUGGCGACGUAAUCGAAGUGCUUGCGCGGCUGGAGUCGGGGUGGUGGAACGGAGUCAGCGGCGAGAACCGCGGAUGGUUCCCGUCAAACUACGUCGAGCUCCUGUCGCCUGAGCAGGUGCAGGUCCUGCUGCAGCAACGAAUGCUCAUGCAGCCAACAGCAACAGCAACAGCAGCAACAGCAGCAGCAGCAGCAGCAGCAGCAACAGCAGCAGCAACAGCAGCAACAGGAAGUGGUGGAAGAGCAGGCUGUGGUGCCAACGUCUCCAGGUACGAGCAACGCUUUGCGGGCUCAGCACGACGGGGCGGCGCCGGUCGAGGUGGGGGCAAUCCAGGGCAUGGACCAUUCGCUACUGACAGCGGCAGCUAACGAGAGUAUCUACCGGCGUGGAUCUAUUGCGAUUGUAGAUGGCUCGCCAGGCGUGGCAUCAGCGGUGCCGCCGAGGCUGCGCAUGAACCGGCGCGCCUCGAUUCCGUACAACCCCAUUGCCGAGGACAACGAGCCAAGUGAGCCAGUGCAAAGUACCAGCAGCGGAGCCGUGGUGGCGACGCAGCAGGCAGCAAGCGUGGCAGGCAGCGGCCACAGCCUCAAGACACCGCAGGUGAGCGGCGACGCGGAGCCGCGCAUGGCGCAGUGGGAGAGCCGCAUGACGAUGGACGGGCGGACGUACUACUGCAAUAUCUUCACCGACAGAACCGCGUGGACGGUGGACGACGAUGGAGCGGCAGCGGAUGCAGACCGGCGGAGUCCGGCGCUGGAGCUGAUCGGCGACGAGAUCACGCUGGUGCAUGUGUCGACUGCUGAUGGGGCAGGCACGCGAGGGCGGCGGGCGCUCGCACCAGCGCUCGCUGUCGCACCGCAGCGGCCAGGGGCUGGCGGCGGGCGGCGGCGCCUGGGAGCAGCUGUCUGCAGGCGUCUCGGCGGCGGCCUUCAAUCUGGCGGCAGCGGUGGGCGCGGGCGCCAAACACGAGUUCUUGCCGCUGGUGGCCCAGGCAGUGGCAGCAGUCAAGCGGCUUCUGCUGGCAUCGGCGGGUGGGCCGGCGCACGACGGGCCGGCGUUCCGCACGCACCGGCUGCUGCGCGAGCACCACCGCGCCAUCACUCACGGCGUCUGCGCGCUGACGCUGUCGGCCAAGGUGGCCGCCACAGUGUGGCCGCCGCCCGAUGCCGCCGAUGCCGUCCAUGCCGACGUUGCCGGGCUGGUGCGCGCAGUGCGCCGGUUCAUCGUCGAGGCCGAGAGCGCUGGGAUCCCUCUGCGCGCACCGGCGGCGGCCGACGAACAGAUUGACUUUUUGCCGGGCAUUGCGCCGGAGGCUGCCGGGCGUCUGCGCGGACUGUCCGUGACACAGACGGGCGCAGCGCCAGGCCACGGACGUCGGGCUAGCACGGUGGUGCGUGACGAGCACACGGGUGCUACUACACUGGUUAAGGACCGCACCGACGGCUCUGUGGGUGAACCGGUAGCGGCCAGCUCACUGUUCGGCAGGGACGAGACAGGCAUCCGCCAGCGGCUGCGCCAGCACCUGGCCGAGCAUCCACCAGCGCAACCACAGCCGCGCGACGUAUGCAGGAGCGCUGGACGACGGCAGCGCGUCGGCACUGGACGGCGCAUCGGCGACAGCUGAUG